CAACAGUUUCUGUCCGCUUCACUGUUAGAUUUUGACUUACAGUGAGACUGAUCUAGAGGGCGCUUUCCACAGUAGUAAUCGUUCGUUGCUAUGUAAAUAGUCGCUAGUGCUACUUAUCAGAUCUAUUGUUUACUAAUCUUUAAGAUGGCUGCUCAAAUGGAAUCUCUCCAAUCUAGUCAACAGAGUACUGCAAUAGGUACGCCUUUGUAUGAGCAAACACCUAGAACCUCAGAACCAAACUAUCCCUUAGAUGGAAAGUCAUAUGUCUUUACUGGACCAUCUUACUAUGUCCCCACCGAAAGACGAUGGCUUUCUAUAAACGACUACAGAGCACUGCCUAUUGAAACCAGACGAGAUGCCAUUUUAUUUGAAUCUGAAAAUGAAUGGAGGAAGUAUCAAGAGUCUCCCGGAAUAUGGUCGAAUAGCAGUUUGUCUGACAUUCCUGCAAAAUACCCUACUUCACACACUUCAGUUCUCCUACCAUAUCAACGAACAGCAUGGUCGCGAGGUUGGGAUGGUUCGGGAUUUUUCGUUCCAUCAACGAAUGCAUGGAUCCAUGAACAAGUCGGUCCCAAUAUUCCCACUGAAUCUUUAUUAUUUUAUAAUGAAGAAGACUGGAUGAAAUUUAAAUAUAUGGCUGAAAAUCCUGUCUUACCAAAUCUUCAAAAAGAAGGAAAAAUAAUUAUUUGAUGUGUUUUCAUCAGACAGAAUUAACCGGUUGUUAUUUUUGAUUUACGAAUAUAUUUGAAGUAAUAACACCAGAAGAAUGUUCAUAUUAUCUUUAAAGUUUAAUUUAUAUACAUGUGGACAGUUGAAAUAUAUAAUGUUUAUUUAAAAUAGAAAAAGUCUACUUGAAAA